AUGGCUUCAACAGUCAAGCUAGGAUUUCCUGUAUUAACAAAUGAAGAGGCAGUAGCAAACUGCAAGUCGAUGUUUGGUGUUUCUUUAACUGUUGAUGAUCUUCUUAAACCUCAGGUAAAGAGCUAUUCGUAAAACUCUAGACUCUGAUCUUGUCGAACAUUUUUAUGCAUAUGGAGUGCCCUGUUCUAAAAACCUUCGAACUUUCUCAAUGAUUUAGCCCCAGCGAAUGAAAAUGUUCUAUAUUGGAGUGCUUUCAUACUUUGGCAUUCCUCCUGAGCAGUUUACUCAGGUAUGUAAACAUGUAGUUCCUCAUUCACUAUCUUCUAAUGCAAUACACAACAACUUACUUACUUUGACUGGACCAUUACUGGUGGAUAAUAGCCUUAUUCUCAUCACAUAUUUGCCAACCUGUCCACAUUUCUCUACAUCUGUACACUGGGCUGUAAAUAUUAAACAGUCACCGUAAAAUUCCGAAAAUGAGUCCCGGGGCUUAUAUUUUUCAAAGGCCCUUUUUGAGGGGCUUAUUUUUGGAGGGGCUUAUACUCGGAGGGGCUUAUCUACGGAGGGAAAUCGAUUGGGCUAGCCUUAUAUUUGGAGGUAAAUUUACCGUUUUUGCUUUGUUUUAUUUUGUAUUUGAGGGCAAUUUUCCGAGUACAAGUCCCCGGGCUUUUAUUUGGAGGGGCGAUUUAAUGGAGGGUUAUUUGCGUUACCGGUUUGGGGGGCUUAUAUUUGGAGGGGCUUAUACAUGGAGGGGCUUAUUUUCGGAAUUUUACGGUAUUCAUUGAACUGUCACGUACUGAAGAAAUUUUGUGUGAAGGAAUUAUUGCAAUUGAUUAUGGAAAGUCAGCAUAAUUAAGCUUAUAACUGUAUGUCUGGAGAACCUUACUGGUUUGUCGGACUAAAACAGUUAACUAGUGAACAUAAUGAUGUCCUUUCUAAAAAAAACAAACUUAUUUGCAGCCCUGGUGCCAGUUGUUCAUUACCCAUUGGACAGUGGGCAGAUGUAAUUGAUUUUCCUACAUGUUCUUAUCCACUGGAUACCUUAUUCUCACUUAAUUUUGCAAUUUUUAAGGAGAAGUUGAGAUGGAGUGUAUGAAAUUUCAUGAUUUUUCUGUUCUUUAAUAUGUAAAGCUAUGAGGACUUGGUCAUAUUCAUCAGCUCUGAGUUGUAUGUUCUUGCUCUGGUGAAUACCUGAUUUCUUUCUCACUUUGCUGACUGGCCGUGCCUUCACUAUCUGAAAUUGCAUCACCACAUUCCUGCGAUGCUUGUUCGAGGGGUACAUCCAUACUGAAAUAGCAACAUGUUAUUGAAGAGGCUUUACAUUAUCCCACAGCUCUAAAGUGUUAGCCUCAAGGUUGACUUAGUGGCAUGGUGCACGUGAACGACGAUAUAUGUCUGGUAUUGAAUUGCGCGAUUUUAUUCCUCGCAAGUAUUAGAUUUCAAGAAUAUUAAAUAAAGUGAUUUUUCGCAAAUUGCAAAAUUUAAUACUUAUGAAAUUAAGUGAGAAUAAGGUAGUGAUUUAUCCGGUAAGCAGAUAGAAAGCAGAUAGAAAAACUAAACAUAUUUUUAAAAUAUUAUUAUUUUGAAAAAUAAAGAAAGGUGGUAAAUUAUUGUGAAACUAACAAAACCUUGAACACCACAAGUAUCUCUGACAUGUUCUUGUGUUGCAAGGAAAAUGCUAAUCAGAAAAAACCAAAAGCAGAAAUGUUGAUUGGUUUGUGUUUUUUGUGGCUAGCCAGGGUGCAAAGAAAGUCAGUUCUAUGACUUGCCAUUCGAGCAAGUUGUUGCUAGUAUGUAACAGCCCAAAAAAUUUUUGGAUAAGCAGCAUUGUUUACAGUUCCUCUGUAAUUUGAAUUUCUUGAAAAACUUCACUUGCUCCUCGGGCAAGUUUAGAACAGGGUUCACCGCCCAGAUUGCAAAAUCCACUAGCCCCAGGCUAUCGGACACGACUUUCUUUGUACACUCAGGGUUUUCGUUCAAGGCCGGGUGUUUCAUGUGGUUGUUUGCCAUUCUAUGUCCAUUACUUUGAUGCCAAUACUUGAGGGUUUUUUAAUUUUUUUUUUUUUGACAUCAUAAUUUUUUUUUACUUAAUGAGCAACUCAUGAACUUACUUAAUUUCUCAGCCCUGUUCCUUUUUUUUCCUUUUCUUAUUAUGGGUCUGAAUGAGAGUUUCGAUCUAUUGAUGGUAAGCAGUAGAAAGGGUAAUUUUUCCUUGCACCAUCAAAAAAAAAAUGCAUCCGGUGCUUUCAGAACGAUGUCCACUACUUUACAAUACUGUUGAAACCCUGCAUGCUGCUAGCUUGCUUGUACAUCUACAUGUCCUGAUCUUUGCUUUGAUUGCAUAAUACAUUCGUGAAAUAUUUUAGGUGUUUACAGUUUUGUUACAGUUGUAGUUUGACAGCAGUAAAUGGUCUUAAUGUAAUAUUUUUAGUGACAUUUAAUAUGGUUCUUUACUCUGCAGCCCCAAUUCAAGACUUUGAAAUUGUUUGAAUACCCAGAGCUUCAUGAGGAGGGUGCUCCGUUAGUAAUAAUGGCACUAGCUUUGUAAGUACUAUUAUUCAGGAUGUUCAUUAGCAUCACAGAUUGGAGAAAUCUCUGUUUACCAUGAAAAAUUAUCUGCCUAACGUUCGGUAACAUUACACCUUUCUCCUGCUACUUGAAUUCUUAAUGAAUUCUUAAUUCUUCUUUUUUUUAUCAGUUCAAGUUUAAUAAAAUAGAACCAAAAAACUCCCUAGCUGUUUGAUUCCCCUGCCUACACGUCGCACAUGUAUUUACGUGGCAACUUUAAAUCUUAGUGACAGUCCUGUAACAUUAUUAACAAUAAUAACAUUUAUAUUUAUUGAGUCAUACGGGACAAGUACAUGCAUGUUGUAAAUAUAAAAUUCAAUGUGUUGUUAACUCUUAUGCGGGGAUGACAUAAUCAAUGAAAUAGGGAAAAACAAAUAUUUUUCAAUUUAAGGGAAUAGGCAAGGGAUUGUGCAAAAAUAGUUGGAGAGCACCCUGCAAUGUUUAUGUGUCAGGGCUUGAAAAAAGUCCAGUCCGGUAGUCCGGGACAAAUAGGCUUUCCUGCCGGGCAAAUAAUUUUCAAAGCAUACUUGCCCAAUGAAAAGGUUCAGUGAUUUUGUUACUAAUAGUUAAGGUGAGUCCUUGAACUCAUCUUAUGAAAAAUCAUGAGUCCCAGUCCAGAUCCAAUGAGGCCCAGUUAAAAAAGAAAAACGAAUCCAAAAUUGAAAAUGCUUGAGCCUUUUUGAACCAGACCGUUAAUCUGAAGACAGACUCCAAAACUCUGUAUUACAGUAUACUGAAAUUAAAAUACAGUAUAGUCUUUCUGUUUUAAGGCACAACAAAGGCUAAAAGAAAUAUACAUUGUUAUUAAACAACAGCCAUAAUAACUUCCACAGAAAUUACACGAACUGGAUUUAUCUACAAAUACACAUUAAUUAUUUUUCAGAUCGAUCGAUUGAUCUUUGCAUCCUAUGGCAUGCAUGCCACGAAUUAUUUUGUGUCUUUGGGGAUUUUUAUGUAUCAGGGAUGCAGAAUGCAGAGGUAACAAAAUCACUGAAGGGUCCAGGCAAGUCAUUCUCCAGCAAAAUCAUUAACUAAGAUGAGUAAGAAGUGGCCCUGGGCAAGCAAAGAUUUAAUGUUAGACCUGCUUGUCCUAAGGACAAGCUGAAAUUCAAGUUUUUUUCGAGCCCUGUGUGUACAGUAUGUGUGUGGGGGGGGGGGAUAGUGCACGUGCAUUGUGUAAAUGUAAUCACUUGCACAUGUGCUCAGUUGUGCAUGAAGUUGAACUGAUAAUCAAAUGUGUUUCUAGGCAACGAUUUAUGUUUGCUUGCGGAGUGGAAAAUUUUACCAUCUUUGACCUAGUAUCACCAAGUAAGUUGUACCAUUAAGAAUAUUUUCAGUUUGAUUUGAAUCUACGUUUAUAUGUAUAUUUUUUUACAUGGUGUACAGUACACACGGGUUUCAAUAAGCACCGACAGCCGACGAAACAUGUCGGCUACUUUGCUCAUAGAGGUCGGCUACUUUGUUACAGAAAGAAGAAGCAACUUGUUUGAAUAACGUUAUAAACAAAAAGUAUAAUAUACUUUAUCUACAAAUACACAUUAAUUAUUAAUUGUUUAUAACGUUAUUCAAACAAUAAAAAUCUAAAUGAAAAUGUAAUUGUGAUUUGUUUUCCGAAAGGCCCACUGGUUUUACGUUAUGCUUUAGUGAUGUAAAAGCUAUAUUUCAGUCAUUUUUUCAAAAGUUUCUUACAGUUUCUUAUAGGAUAGGUUUCUUAAUGUAUAGAUAUAUUUUUAGCAUUAGUGUAGUUUUCUCUUAAAAUUUGUUAUGUACAGCCGUAAGUGGCUCACUGGAAGAGCUUCUUAACGAAGUGAUGCUGUAAAUAAAGCUCACUACAGUUACUUCUACUGCUGCUGCUGCUGCUACAACAACAACAACAACAACAUAUUUUGAUGGUAGUAAAAAUAAUUAUAACUUAGGUGAUAUUAACCUUCAAUGUACCUUGUACAAUAGUCAUGUAUCUUUCCUUUUUUUAUUUCAGAACCAAAGCGUACUCUGCAGUGCAUAAGGUAAACUGAAGCACCUGCCAGUGCUCGACGUUCAGAAAAAAAUAUUGGGGCCAGCUGGCCCCCAAGUUUUCAUUUUUUGUUGCCAGAACAAGUAUUCUCAUCGCCAAAAAUUAUAUUUAAGAAUUAAUGGAUUUAGUUUUGUGAAGGAUAACAGAUUAUCAUUAGUGUACGUUUUUGCAAAGAAGAAAGUCACCUAUCUUGGGGGCCAGGUUGGCGACCAGGCGUGAAAAUUUAGUCGUCACUGAGUAAAAGCUGGUCGCAUUGGCGACCCCACGGGUCUCAAUGUCGAGCCCUGCCUACUGUACUGUCCUGCUCUCUGUUUUUAUAUAAGUCAAGUUAUGAGUCAGGUUAGGGUUAGCGGUUAUGGGUAGAGGUUACAAUGUAGGGUUAAACAACUCAUGACUCAUUUACUCUAAUUCAUUCUUUUUUUUCUUUUUAUUAUUGUUGUACUCGUGUUGUUUAAUUAUUACUAUUAUUAGCCAGUAUACCACAAAAACAUAAGGUGUUCAAACAUGUAACUUGCAUUCAAUGCUCGUGAACAUUCAUUUUUACUGAGUACCAUAUUAUUUGGAAACCCUUGCUGCGGCCUCAAAAAAGCAAUAGGUUAAACAAUAACUUUGCACGCUUUUUUGUACAUUUCUUUGCCAUCAGUGCAUGACUACAACAUAAAAGUGCCCUUUUGUGGAGGGUGAAAACACAAUACAGCGACUUUCUUUUUCUUUUCGUGAACUUCAACACAGUCUUUAGACGAAAUCGAAUUGAAUGUGACGGAAUAAGCGCGAUAACAGAAACUCAUAAGGGUAAUUAAUAGCUUGUUAAUAAAUAGCAUAGAUAAAACCUGCAUUAGUUUACAGUCAAACCCCAGUUUAUGGACACCUGCUUGAUAAUAUGGACACCUCAUUAUUAAGGACAGUUUUCUUUGUCCCUGGGGAAAUGAAGCCCCUACAUUUCCUCUGGAUGGUCUUGUUCCUGCUAAAUACAGACUCAGUGUUAAUGCAGACACUUUCUAUGGCCACCUCAGUGUUCAUAUUCAAAUGGGGUUUGACUGUACUCACAUAGCUGAUAAUUGUCAAUUUUUCUGUAGUGCUAUUGUCAACUUCACAAAAUUCAGGGGCUCAAGAGAGCAUAUUUAUGAAAAUACAAUGGCUGAAGUGGUAAGUAAAUUUUGUUUGCUUUGCUUCCUUUUGCUUAUGUUAGUCUUAUAAGAGGUGGCUAAAUGCCAUUAAUUUAAGGUGGCUCGAUAGGGUUUUACAAAGAUUUGGAAACAUUACCACCACAGCUACAUUAGAUAAGCAUGAAAAUUUGUUAUGAUCAGGGCUUACAAUGACGUGGGAGUUGCCACAGCAACAAAAUGACGCCAUUACCUAUUUUACUUGCAACUGUAUUUCUCUGCACUGGAAACUGUCCAUGGGAACUUUUUUCUGCAAUAGCUGCCUUGGUGUUCGUGAAGUUUAAGGGUGCGUUCGAUUGGGAAAUCCGGAUUUAGAUUUUCAAAAUCUAAAUCCGGAUUUCCCAAUCGAACGCGAAAUCCGAAAAAGGAUUUCACCUCCGAGAAAUCUGUCCUCAGGGUGGAUUUCAGUUAAGAAAUCCAAAUCCGGAUUUUUUGGAUUUCCCUUUUUGCCGUUCGAUUGGGAAAUCUGAAAAAGGAUUUGCAAAACUAUUCUCGUGAACAGUGGUCUUCUCUUUGCUAGUAUGCGUGCGCGUGCAAGACCGCUGUUCUUAAGGACAGUUUUUCAAAUGCUUUUUCGGAUUUGCCAAUCAAACGGUAAAAAUGAAAAUCCAAAAACAGAUAUUUCAGCGUUGAAAUCUGUUUUCGGAUUUCGCGUUCGAUUGCAAAUCAGAAAUCCGGAUUUUAAAAUCUAAAUCCAGAUUUCCCAAUCGAACGCACCCUAAGCAAAAUCUGUAUCAGAGCGUUAUCCAGAUAUUUUGGGGUGAAGUUUUUAUGGUUAGAAAUAUGGUAAAAACUGCACAAUCUUGAUGUUUGGCCAAGUAGAAAACGAAGCGCUUUUGAAAUGCAAUUUCACCUCAUAGUAGUUUCAAUAGCUCUAGCUGAUUGCUAGAAAGAAGGAUUUGAUUAGUACAUAUGUAUAGAGGUGCUCUUAAUUUGUUAGCAGUUUUGUAAAUUAAUAUUUUGGACUACUUAUGUGACUCCAUAACUUACAAAAUGAUGUACCAAUAGUGCCAGCAUGGCCCAGCUACAGUGUAGUGGUGUGGGAGCUGACUUCAUGUGCAGGUGGUGAUAGAGGCAUAGGUUCGAUCCUUGUGUAGCAUUUUUUUGGGUCAGGUCUAGUGCCUGCUACUGGUAACAUUGUAACCCAGUAGUACCGGCCGCAUGGUCGGGUAGCCGGCAACUAUACUGACUCCCCAACCAGAACAAGACCCAUCAAAGGGUGGAUGAGCUCUGUUUCGAGCCAACAGCCAAAUGUUGUGCAAAUUCAUUCCGCGGCCUUGUAGAUAUCUCUGGGAGGAAGAAAGGCUAAGGAGUAAACCCUACAGAAAUCCAGAGUGGAGCCCCUAAGGAGGUUUGAUAGUUAACUUGAUUACCUUCCAGCAGCUCCUGCAGUCUCCAUUGUACAUGUAGCUGGUGCCAAGUAUACUCUCUUUUGAACUACAUCAGUGAUGCCGAGAGGCGGUUCCUGACAACUGUGCACCCCAGGAUUUUUAUAAUAUACACCGUCCAGGCUUGUGCCCUCUUCAGUGCUGCUGUUCACAGCAUCAAAACCAACACAGGAGGCAGCAGUUACGAGUUAUAAGCCCAGACCAAAUGACGUAGUUCCAGGCACUGCGGGUUGCCUCUGACAGUGGGAGGGAUCAUUGCACCCCACUAGGCAGUUACUGCCCGCCUCAAGCUGCCCCCAGCCAGUAAGGUGCUGACCGCCACCAUCUGCCUGCUUCAAUGGGUGCUUAUAGCUCAGAGGAAUGUCUGACGAGCAGACUGUAAAUCUUGCACCAGGCAAACGUCAAAGAAUGCAGAAACAACCAAUCUUGUGACUCACUAGCAAGCUGGAAUGUCAGGACCAUGUGUCCUGGCCUCUCCGAUGAUCUAAGUCAGGUUGAUGACUCCAGGAAAAUCACCAUCAUCAACCGCGAGCUCAAGCAGCUCAACAUUGACAUCGCUGCACUGGAGGAGACCAGACUUCAAUCAAACGAUAGCCUCAGAGAACAAGACUACACGUUCUUUUGGCAAGGGAUAGCUGACCACGACUCUUGGCCCUGCAGCAUCUGCCACUUUGGUGUCGGCAGGUUGAAUGAGAAUGGGCAGAGGCUGUUGGAACUAUGCUCUUACCACAACCUCUGUGUAACGUACUAAACACCUUCUUCUCAACCAAGCCUAAACGCAGAGUAUCCUGGCACUACCCCAGAUCCCGCCACAGGCACCAGCUGGACCCCUACUCACCUGUGUCCUCAGUACCCGUAGUUACCACAGUGCUCACUGCAACACUGCAGUGAGCUCUGUUUACAGGGCAUGAUAUUAGAAUUAAACAGGCUUACACAGUCUGUCGCUCACUGUUAAGAUUUCACGGGUCUGUGUACUGUUUUAUUGCCUACCUGGCUAUUUUACUGUUACAUGCAGUAUUAUUAUUUUUCUAAGACACUGAAAAUUAUUUUUCACCCUUGUAAAUUGGUAAACAAUUUCUUCAUUUUAGGAAGCAGCUGUUCAACAACGAGAACUCAUACUUGCCAAAAAUGAACAACUUCAGAGAGAAAUAUUAGAGCUCAAGUAAGCUGAAUAAUUUAUCAUCGUUUUGGUUAUUAAUAUUAAUAUGCAUUUUUAUGUCUUGAACCAAGAGGCGGUGUUUUUUUCUUCUUAUGGCCAUCUGUUUAAAGAUCUUUAAGAUUUGUUAAAGCAACAACAUCAACAAUGACUUUACAUAAUACAUGUAAUCAGAAACUGAGUGCUCUUUUUGAUGCCCAGAGUGCAGCUUUUCUGAGCUGCUAGAUUUCAACUUUUUCCUCAGGGGAGUAUCGUGGAGCAUCAUGCAGCCCCCAGAUGUAUCUGGUUCGCGGUCAUCACUAACCCCUGGUUACACUGUAUCUCUGAAGAAGCAACUUGCUCUGAUGCAAAUGUUGUCAGCCUUGGCAUAUAACCUUGGACAAAUAAAACUUAACAUUCCUAUUCUGACCUCUGACACCAAUCCAUGGUGACCUUUGGCCUUGUGAACUGUGGUUUUACUUCAAUCUGUAAUUUUAGGUCAAAUUGCACAAUUUACAAUACAGGAUCACUCAAGGGUUGGUUUUAUGCACACCUCCCCCCACCCCACUGAAGUAUACAUUCAAACCACAGCCUUCAUGUGGAUCAUGUAAAAGUUUUAUGCCCUGUUUGUUAGGCGUAAGUACAACAUAUAAUAAUAAUGGUACUUAUUUUUUUUAUCCAGAGCAAAAAGAGCAGAAGAAGAACAGCAAGUGAAAAAGGUAAAAAUGUUCAGUAUAACAAAAACAAAAUUUCUUCAGACUUUCUCACAAGUUUUGUGACCUAUACCUGUAAGUGCUUUAUCCACCAUACCAUAAUUAUUUUGUUUCUUCUCAGUGAAUUCCUUGCAAUUGCAUUUGCCUCAACAGCUUGAAGAAGAAGUUCAAGAGCUGGAACAAGAUGUGAGCGAGCUAAACAAACAACAGGCAAGUACACCAUUCCCAAGAAAUACCAUAAAAGACAGUUUCAUUAGGUGACAGUUCAAAGAGGACCAUCCAGAGAAGAGGGAGGGGGCUACCAAUUCCAUUUCCUCUACCCAGCUCAUAGCCUGCAUACACCCACAAUCCCAAUGCCCCCUGCUUCUUAGUAGGAAUAAUGGUGAGAGAAAGGCUGCAGCUUACAGUAUGUACAUGUUUAUUGCCUUUGAAGCUAAAGAAAUUAUUUUGCAGAGUGGGUGGUAGCCUUUUUUUGUACAUUGUUUGCGUUAUCUUCAUAGCCUACUGUGUGGCAUAAUGUUUUUGUGGAAGUUUAUUUUUGUGGAAAUUGUCUGUUUUUUACAUGAGGGAACAAAUUUUUGCAAAUUUAGAUUUCUGGCUUUAUUGCUAGAAAAAAAGUCUUGCGUUACAAUAAUUAACAAGCAAAAAAUUGGUAUUCCUGUUUUGGCAGCAGACUUUUUGUCACAUUGCAAAAAAGUAAUUAAUUAAUUACUUUGUUCAAUGUUUUCAACUGUUUUUGUGUUCUUCUUUUAUAGGCUGCAGAAAUGAAAGAAAUUCAGCAACUCAAGACUUCCAAUGCAGAACUCAGUUCAAAAAAGGUGAAUUUUUUUUCAUAAUCUCAAAAGUUACUGUUUUUCUGAUUUAUAUAUAAAUUAGGCUAGCAUACAGGCGACGGGAAUUGCAUAUACAUGCUUGUCCCUUGCAUGUAAUAAUCUGCCAUACUGAAUGCAAAUUGUACACGCAUGUAAAAAAAAUACAAACAAAAAUAGACGAGAAAAUACAAGCAAAUUUUUUCGGAAACUGUGAGUAAAGUUUUACUCAUACAACUGUAGAUUGCGUGUAUUUGACAACUUUCAUCUUUGGCUGAAAUCUGUGAAGUGAUGAACGACGAUCUCUCGCCCUCAAACUGUACUUUAAAUAUCGGUCAUAUUUUGGGAAAAAAUCAGAAUGAUCUUUUCUCUCACCAGGCCAGCUACAAAAUUACUGUCGAUUAGGUUUCUGACUUUGUAGACAAAUAUUUGUACAGUUUAAUCAUUGAAUCCUCUUCUAAAAUUUCCCAAAGCUCUUUGUUACAGCAUUGAAACUAAAAUGAUUCACUGUUUGUUCAAAUGUUUUCAAGCUGGACAUGAUGUACGGCAUGUGCACUUUGAUUAUUUUUACUUCAAUUUGUGAUAAGUUAUUAUUGUUUGAUGUGUAAAAUUUUACACGCAUGUUUUUUGCAUGUGAAUCCACCAUUAUUGUAUGCAAUUUACAUGGGUCAUAUGCAAAUGCUGCAAUUCCCGUGGCCUGAACUUAAACCCCUGAGUGAACAGUUUUCUCCUCUAAUAAUGUACAACAGUGCACCUCAGAUUCAAACCCACCAACCAUGACGGAUCAGUCACAAGCAACCUCAGUAAAAAUAGUCCCAAUCUAUAAAUCAAACACUUGCAGUAUGCAAUAUGCGGUUAAAAUGUUGUGAUAAACAACUAAGUGACUAUUGUGAGACAAAAGAUAAAUAAACCAGCUAAAAUGUACGAAUACCGCAAUGAUAAAUAAUAAUUAUCAUUCAUGACAAUAAUGUUGUUGUUGUUUUUUUGUUUUCAUCAGGCUGAGAUAAAAGUGAAUUUAGCUGGACUGAAGCAAGACUGUGAAAUUUUUAAGUCCAAGAUUGUAAAUUCACCUGCAAGAUUCAAAGGGGUAAGUUAGAAUGAAGCAAACUGGUCAGAGAUUUCAAAAAUGGUGCUGACAACUGCAAGCAAGAACAUUUUUCAACUUAAUUACUGAUCCUGAUGAAUAGAACAGUAAACUUGUGUAUUUUGUUUGGACCUGACAUUGCGUAAGAUUCAGGGACCAGUUGUUAAGACGUGAUUUGCGUCAGCAAAAAAAAGCCUUUUAUGUAAGUGUAAAAACGUACAUUUAAGUAGCUUUAAAUGCCCAAAAAAUGGAGCGCUGAUGUCCGGAGAGAGGGGAAACCAAAAUGAGCGCACCGUCGGCCUCCAGUUUGUAAAUCAGAUGACUACAAGCAUUUCGAGCUACUACCGUAAAAUAAGGACUCUAAAAAUACCUUCUGCUUUAAUUUAUGAAUUCAACAAAAUAUUAUUAAUGACAACAUUGACAGGUAACAGUGAAUUGUUACCCUCUGACAUCAUAGAUUUUACAAUGUUGCUGGCUCUUCGUCAAAGUAACCAAUGGUAUAUAGCACAUGCUACUGAGGCCAACCCAUAAAAGAGUAGUUUGUGUGGUUGCUGCCAGAACUACAAUGUAUUAGUAAACUAAACAUUUGCAUUUCUUUCUCUUGUUUUAGGAAUUGGCCCGCUUGACAAGUGCAGUGCAGUCCGUUAAGGAAGCCAGAGAUGAGAGAAGUGCUAGGCUGCAGGAAAUAUGUGCUCAAGAGGAAAGCAGCCUGCAAUUUUCUGAGGUGCAUAGACUAUUAUAUGACUGUUCAACAGAAGUAACAGUGACAGUCAAGAUGCACAUAAAAAAUUAAUAAGUCAAGCCCACGAGGCUUGCGCUUUUGCAUUAAACCGGUUUCGGUGGAAUAAAGCACCCAAGAGUAUUGCUACUGUAGCAUUGAAUUUUCUUACCAUUUUGUUUCAGUUUCUUCUGCCUUUUGGUAUACCAGUCAGGCUGUCAUCAAUCUCACAAUUUUUUGAUAAUAUGAUGUGACAGCUACCAUUAUUUUUUUUCAGCAAUGGUAUUUCAUGCAUAACCUUCCAUAGCAACUUGUAUCCCCAGUGCCCCAACCAUUUUUUACUCCUCACACUCAUACCAGGUCCUCACACUAACUGAAGGCCAAGGCUGUGCUCUAGCUGUGCCCAGUGGCCCCUUGCACCUAACUUUUGCUUCCGGGCUCUUAGAAAAUCUUAGAUUUCUCUUAGGAAUCAUUGAGGGGGGUAGCCUGGAUUCUGGGCUCUCUUCAGUUUUCCCUAGAGUACAGCCUUGAAGGCCUGAAAAAAUGCCGUACAGGGACUAGGCAGAUACCUACAGUGUAAGAGUAUCCACAUUGUUUCUCACCAACCCUCAAUGCCUUCAUUAAUUGCCAUAUUUUUACCUUUUUGCAUUUGAUAGGACAGUCAAACAGCAUUGAAGACAAUUUCGGGAAUAAGACAAGACAUGGAAAGAUUGCGGUAAUUAAAUCACUGUCCUGUAACCUGAGGAAUAGAGAAAAAACAGAUAGUGCCUCAGAAUAGAAACACUAGUAUGAAGUACCCCUAACCUUUUUUUGCAUAAUUAUUCCUGUCAGUGAUGAGACUGCCAAGCUUGAAGACCUCCGAGAUAAAAAUAUCAGCCUGAAAGAUGAGCUCAGAAACAUGACAGCUAAGUUAGAGGUAAUCUACCGUUGUAUGUAUUUUUGGAUGCCCUGACCAUUUGUUUCAAUACUUACAGUAGCUUUAGUUAAUACUUUAUAUAUACAUCUACAAUGUAAUUUAGAGCCUUCAUUUCGCUUCAGGUGACUUUGUAAUCCACACUUUAUUAGCAAACUUUACAGUCAAUGUCACUCAAUGAUUAUUCAACAUUAAUUUUGAUAAUAAUGUUAAUUAUUUGCCAUGAAAUUGCUCUGUUUCAGUCAAUUUUUAUUUCUGCAUUGUUUUUGGGUAUGGUAAUGUAUGCUAAUGAAUUUAAAACAAAAGAAAAACAAAAAUCAACGGGGUGCAAAGAAAGUCAGUUUUACAGCAUGCCAUUCGGGCAAGCUAUAGCUAGCACGUACUAGCCCACAAGUAAUUUCAACUAGCCCCAAAACCCUUUUUGAUUAGCAGGAAUGAUUACAAUCCUUCCGUAAUUUGAAUUUCCCCCAAAAACAGCACUUGCCUGUUAAGCGAGUUAAGAACAAAAACUACUGGCCCGAUAUCUAAAUCCACUAGCUCCAGGCUAUCAGACAUGCCUUUCUUUGCACACUGAUUAACUUAAAUAAAAAAAUUAACUACAACAUAAUUUAUACAAUGAGGCAAGUUUCAGUUAAAAACUUGUUUCCAUACAUGUCAGACAUUAUCCUGAGAAACGCAGGUCGUGACAUCAACAAAAACUAGGCAAUUGCAUUAUUUUAACUGCAUGCUGUAAAUGCACCACCUUUAAAAUAUGAAUAAAUCACUGAUUAUCACUAACAAGAAAGUUUCUUGUCUUUUUCACAGCCAGAAAAUGUAACCUGUUUAAGGUCCUUUCACGGACCGCAAUAUGAGAUUUCCCAGUACCCUUUAAUAAUUAUACUUCAACAAGUUAAACCCCUGUACCCUUUCAUAUACUUAAAGCCUGAAAAAGGUACCCCAUUUGGGCUACCCUCCCCAUAUAGGCCAUUGUAGGGAGUACCCCCUCCCCUCCUUGGACUUUUGAUAGGUCAUGCUCAUGGACAGCACGCUUUUUCCAUACAUGUGUAUGCAAUCAUUGUCACAUGACACAAAAACUCCAUUACGAAUUUUUGGCAACUGCAUUUUUGUCAUUAAAAAUGUACAUAAAAUAGUUAAUGUAAAUGGUUUUCUGUUUGUAAUUAUAGCAACUUCGUCGGCAGCAAGCAUCAAAACAGGACAAAGUGUCCAGGCUCAUGCGGCAGCAUGACAGAAAGGUUGCUGCUUCACAUGAUACAAGUGAUCAGUUACAAAGGUACCGACAUGUACAUGCAUCACAACUUCUCUCAUUGGUUAAGCAAAUGCACAAGAAAUUCCUUACUGAAAGAAAAUGACGAAGAGCUAGCUUCCACAACUUAGUGCAAUAGAGAAACUGCAGGGCUACCGAUCAGACAGUCUAGCUAUUCUUUUCCCAUCUGAAGAUUUUCUUUGGUGACAAAAGUUAAGUGCAUAUUUUGAUAAUAUUGGGAAAUUGACCCUAAUAAUAAAUACUUGCAGAGACCCAUUUUUUUGGAGGGCACAAAAAUAUCGCCGACUAUAUCUUAUUGAUACAUAUACAAAUGAUCAUGUAGCAUUGCUGACUACAGUGUAUGAAUAACUUUUCAGUUCUUACUUACAAAAAUAUGCUUUCAUGAGUCAAAUUAUUUCCAUUUUAAAUCAAGACAUGUUUAACGUUCCUACUGAAAUUUAAAAUGUCAAAAAACUGUGAUUGAUCAGCAUCUUACAAUUUCUGUUAGAUCUGCUGUUUUUAAAAAACGCAGCUUGCGUGUAAAAGUAAGAGAGGAAAUUUGUCUACGUUAAAUACACACAUCUUGCAUGUAAUUUAAGCUGUGUGUCAAUGUUCGUGUAAAAUUUUACAUGUGUCUUUUGCGUGUAAAUCCACCAUAUUGCACGCAAUUUACACGCGUGUAAGCGCUGCAAUGCCUGUAGCAUGUACUACAUACCCCAACACCUUUACAGUAUAUUCAAGGCAACAUAAUUAUUUACAUAAAAUAAUAUACCUAACCAGUUAAAAACUUUUCUGUUUUAGGGAGCAAGCACAUUUAACAAAAAAUAUAGCAGAGAAAGAUAAUUACCUGGAGCAAUUGAACAGUGAGAUGAACAGCCUGUCAGAGAUGGUUUGCUUUGCAUUAAUUUAGUUCAACUUAUCAUAUAUAUUAUAUUAAAAUAUUUAACAAUUAUUCCUCGAGCCUGAAUGGGCUAUUGACUCAGAGGCCACGAGGGCUAGAGGAAUAAUUGUUUUAGUUAUCCAACUUAGAAGUUGCUCAAAAAUAUCGAGACAAAACAAUUAACUUUAGCUACUUAAAGCUAGACUUUAAUCCUUUUUUGCCACCAAAAAACUACUAGUGGGCUAUAACAUGUAGCCUAGCAGUAGCUCAACCAAUCAGAAUGCAGCAUUGUUAAUAGACCACUAGCUGGAUUGUACUAAUUAAUAUUAUUUGCCAGGUUGCUCACAAUGUAGCUGACAAAUGUACAGGGUACAUACUAUGGUAUAAAUUUCCCCUUUAUAAUACACGUUUGUCCUGCUACGGUAACAGUCACGAUUAAGAACCAGAGUACCUGUCUGGCUAAAUUUUGACAGUUAGGCCCUCUAUACAAGAACCUGUUUAGCCUAAAAUUUGAAACAGGUUCUUUUCUUUUAAAAUCUAUCAUGUACAAUAAUACACAAUAAUAUUAUUGGGCAGAUACCAUGAAUGAUCAAUUAAGUGGUGCUGGUCAAAUAUAUACCUGAUUGAAAAAAUGUUGUCACUAAGAAUUAUAAACCAUGAACGAUGAGGUUUCAAGGAUUUACGGGUAUAAUAUGUUCAUUAGCAAAGCAAAUUCAAAGUUCUUUUGACAAGAGUUUACAUUGUCACAAUAUACUCGUGUGGAUGCAAAUCCCUAGAGUGCUAUGUUUAAGGAAUGCUGUUGUCUUUUCAGUUUCUUUUUUGUCUUCCAAGAAAGCGUUUAGAUCCUGUCUUAUGAUUUUCAAGUGUGUGUUAGCAACAUGGCCACGCUCUUUAACUGUAAACAUCUCUUAUUCAGUCCAACACAGGUGAAGUUGUGAGCUUAUCACCAUGAAAACUAGAAACUGUUUGACGUUUUUUGGAAAUGCAUUGACGCGAGAAGCUUCAGUAAUGUAAACAUUUUAUUUUCUGAAAAGAACUUUAAAUUUGCAAUGCUAAUAAAGUUCUACCCAUAAAUCCAUGAGGUCCCAUCAUUCAUGGUUUAUUAUACUUAAAAUUUCAAGCGACAACGUUUUUUUUUAAUCUGGUGUAUAUAUAUAGUUUUUGCUGCACCUUUAUUAAAAUAACCAUAAGUGGGCACCACGCCCCUCUUGAUUAAGCACCGCACCUUUAACAGGGAAAAUGAAAUAAGUGCCAUAGCGCUUAAUCGAUCAUUAAUUUUACGGUGUAAAUCAACAUUCAGAAUUCUCUUUGGAGACAUAGCUGGGUGUCUUGUCACUUCAAGUGCAAAGUAAUGGCAUGCAUUUUUAUACAAGGAAUAAGCUGAAUAUACCACUAAAUACUCUUAGCUUCAUUUUUUUUUCUUCCAAAAAUAAGAAUACAUUUAGAACCUACAAAGCCUAAAUUUGUGCUAAUUACCAUUAUUUAUGUAAGAACCUGUAAAUGGACUAACUUAGAAAAUGCAGUUUCUUAGUUGCUGGAUUUUACUGUAUUUUCUGCUUCCAAUAUUGUCCUUUAAUGAGCAGAGCAGCAGUGCAGCUCCCCAUAGGUGGUUUUUAAUGUAUUUGAGUGUGAAUUCAUUUGGAAGAUAAUAAAUAAUAAUUAUUGUUGAUAAAUUAUUUAAAUCUUUGUGUACAGAUUAAACGUGAGGAGGAUCUUCAUGAAGAAGACAUGGACAAGCUACACACAGCCUAUCAGACACUACUAGGGCAGGUGUGAUAACCAAUAAUAAUCUGAUGGUGUGCGUGGAAUAAAGCCCCAUGUCAUGAGACACUUAUUUGUUUAGAAUGCUUAUAAAAACUCCUCUUCCCUUUUUCUCAUUGAUCAUAAUUAUAAUAAAUUGUGUAAUACCUGUAAAUCAAGGGGGGAGGGACACGUGCACAGGCCAUAUUCCACACACCAUUUUCAAUAUUAAAUAAUAAAUAAUUAUUUAACUCAUCACCAAUAGAUGAACUUGGGUGCUGGUGCAUACGAAGUUGGUGUAGCCAGAAUUGCUCUAGCACAAGAAAAGGAGUCGUCCAUAGCAAACCUGAGAGGGGGCCCUGCCAGGCAUCAUCACAUUGAACUGUUCAGUAUAACACUUACAAUGUACUGGCCAAUACUUAUCUAGCCCUGAAAUGAAGAGGGGGGAGGGUUGGAAAAAACAAAGCAUGAAAAGGCAAGCAAGCAGCAAAGCUAUAGCAGAGACACUUUGUGAAGAAACUGCAAGGAAGCAACUGUGUAUACAAGUCAUGAGGUGUCCCUGCUAAGGGCAUCAGGACACUCCAGGCAUAGUUGGGAAAACCAGCUGACCAGCUUUGGGUCGAGGUUAUUUUUGCUAAAAUUGCAUUGAAACUAUUAGAAACCAACAUCUAAAACCCCAACUUCUCAACUUUUCCAAGAAAUGUUUCUAAGUCCUUGGACACAGUCCAUACAUCUCCUAGUCUGUCCACAGAUGUUUGUUCAUUUUUUGUUUUCAAUUUGCUUUUGUGCAUAGUGUACAAGAGAGAAAAAACUACCCCACCCCCUUUUGGAAGCAGUCAUUUACAGCCAAAUUCCCCACACAACUUUUUGCUUUCAUACAUGCACCCAAUGAUCUCUGAAGAGACAAUAACUAGAGGGUCUGAGGCAGUAUAUCUCACUUUUUUAACCUCAUAACAGCCAUUUUGUAGUUAAAUCACUCGCCUGUGUCUUGUGUCUCCACUCGAGUUUUGACAAUUUUCUAUGUCCUAUAACAGCGUCUGUCUACAUUAGAGAGAUCAAGCAUCGCGUUUACGGCAAAUGGCAAAUGUCAGAUUCAAGUUGAGAAAUGAGCCGAUAAAAACAGCUUUAAACAAUAUUCUUACGGAUAGAAUUGGCGUGAAUCUACCAAUUUUCAUGUAAUAUAUCAAACAUGAGAUGCAGUGUUUUAUCACCAGAUGAAACACCGAGAAGAGAGUUGAAAAUACGACGCGCAGCGGAGUAUUUUUGACGAACUUCGAGGUGUUUCAUCUUGUGAUGAAACACUGUGUCGAAUGUUUGAUAUUUCUUCUCAAACAAAAUCAUUUUUGAAGGAGAAAUUAAGGGUGCAAAUACUAAGCAGUGUUUCAUCCGAUUUCCAAACACUCAUUAAACAUUAAUUUCCUUUGUAUUUUCCUUAAUGAAUUAUUAAUGAGUUUGAGAAGAAGUUAUAAUAAACAGUUAAACGACGAGUAAAGGAAAAACGUGGUCACGUGGUACAAAUUCACGUUUGCCGUUUGUCAUAAACGCGAUGCUUAAUCUCUCUUGCUAUUCGGUCAAGGAUAGCUUUAAUAUGUAAUAUCACUUGAGGCAGGGAUUUACAGUUAAUUGUACUCAUGAAGAAUGAGCAGCUGUUUGUUGCCAUCAUCUAAAUGUGGGAAGCUUAUUGUAUGUGUGAUAUUCUGUGUCAUUUACAGCUGGAAAGCUACCAUCAAGGACUCAAUCGAGGCUGGGAUAAAGUCAGGACAGUCUUCAACUAAUAAACAAGAGUAAAUAUAGUGUCUGAUGUACAGAAAAAGUGUUAUUUUCUUGUAUUGUUCAUAGUACUAAACAUGUAGCUACAGUUACUGUACAUUUAAGGUAAUUCACUUGAAAAUGAUGUACCAUCCAGAUUUUGUUCAAACUUGACACAAAUGUCAGCUAUAUAUAGGACAUUCAAAAACUGCAAUAAAAAGAUGGACGGGGUCACCGACCUUGUUUUCGCCCUGUGUGCUUGUAAUUCUGAGUGUUUUUUCCUAUUUGUACACAAAAUGUUUGAAACUUAAACAACUGUCAAAAGUUCGUUACUACCAAGCAUACUAAAACCGUAAGCCCGUUUGUUUGUCUGGGCUAUAUCUUUUAAAUUAAAACCUCAAAUUACCCAAUGUUUUAAAAAGGUAGAGAAAUGGACAGUUUUCACAUUAUCUCUUACAUGUAGUUCUCCUGCCUCUAAAUGUGGAAAUUUAAGUCAUUCAUAUCUAAAAAAAUACAACUUCUACUAUCCAGAUUUUCUCCUUAAUAUAUAUUUUUUGUGUAGCCAUAGCGAGUAAAAAAUACAAAUAAAAAAGGGGUAUCACCAUUCUCGUUUCCUUGCAAAACAACAACAAAUUUCAGUUUCAAAUGAUCAUUUUGAUCAGUUUCAAGACAAAGUCCACCCUUUCAGAAUUAUCAAAAUCACUAUAAAAAGCAUUAAUUAGGACUACAAAAGGAGCCAUAAUAUUACCUCUUUUUAGGCGACUGGUGAAAAUCAUCACCACCUUUGAAGUCGCAAUAUAAUAAUAUGCACAUUAGGUGAUGAGCAGUGCAAAACAAGGGAAUUACUUUGACAAAAUGUUACUUAGGUAGCCUGCGUAGCAAGCGUUUCCUCGCGAGGUUCGUCUAGAAAGCUGGGACAAAAACAAAAAAAAAAUGAAUGACGGGGGAGGGGGAGGGGAACGAAGGAACCUCCCCCUCCCCCGCUCUAACUUUCGCGCAAUAACUCGAUUGGAAACGCUUGCUAUGCAGGCUAUUACUUAAGAAGCUUAUGCAACCUUAGCAGCGAUGGUGACAGGAUCAUCAAAAUGGAAGAAAAACAACAACUCCAUAAAGGACUCUUUUCUGGUACCUUUCCUCUCUGUCUUGAUGGUUCGCAUUUUUUUGCAAAACACCUUAAUUUUGCAUUUUUGAGUAAGAAACAAUAAAUUUAACUUGAGUCUCUUAAUUUUGGUGUCACGUUAUGUUUGCAAUACUUAUUGUUUGCAUUGCUUUCAAAAUUGCAAAAUUUAAGUGUUGCAAAAAUAUAAUGUGAUAUUGGUACGAUGUGAACUUUGCUAAAUUAUUUCUCAACUGAUCACCUGCCGAGGGCGACUUUAGACGCAUGGCAAUUUCUUCUUGGAUUCAGUCCAUCAGCUCUAGGAAAGUUUGCCCACUUUUAAAAUUUGAAUUAAACAAGACAGAAUGAAGUCUGAAACAGCCCUUAUAAUUCUCUCUUUAAACCAUGUUUCACUGAGUUGUGGUUGCAUAAGCUCCCUAGCCUAUAGUAUUUAGUUCUAGUACCUGCACUUAAUCUUUUAAUUACUAGCACAUGCAACAUUUGAGUGCUGUUUGUGUUUUGCUGAAAUUCACAUUUUUUUCUAGCCUUGUUCUGACUGUGUUAACCCUUUAAGCCCCAAUAUUCAGGUAUGAAUUCUCCACACUAGUCUCCAUACAUUGCCCUAAGGAAUUAGGUGAGAGAGUCUGAUAAAAGAUCAAAGCAUUUUCCUCUCGUGAUCAUUUUCACAAUUCUCAUAACCUUUUCUCUUGAUGCUGUAGUGGUAGUGUUAGGAGAAAAUUGAUGUUGGUAUCUUAGGAUCUAAAAGGGUUAAUGAGUCAGACAAUCUAGUUUUCAUGGAUCUUGUUUACUGUGGGUAAUGUCGACUGAGAUAUCGGUCGACAUAACGGUCGAUAUAGCAGUCGACAGUCGGUCGAUAUAGCGGUCGACAGUGGGUCCAUAGUCGGUCCAUAGUCGGUCGACAGUCGGUCGAUGGUUGGUCGAUGGUCGGUCGAUAGUGAGAUAGACUAUCGGCCGAGUAUCGGUCGAUAUUUCGUCGACGCACCUCGACUUACUAUCGGUCAUAUGUCGGUGAUAUAUCGGUCAACUGUCGGUGAUAUAUCGGUGAACUGUCGGUGGUAUAUCGGUCAACUGUCGGUGGUAUAUCGGUCAACUGUCGUUCGAAUAUUAGUCGUGUGUUAAUUUAUCAGGUGAGUCCUAUGGCUUUUUUUUUAAGCAAAGACGUCAUUAAUUACUGUUAUCAUGCGAUGGGGAACAUGUGCCAGUGCAAGGCGCGAUUACACUAUGAAGAGAACCGAAGAGCACUGGGAACUAAGGACAUGAUAACCUUUUCUUUCUCCAGUUUGUAUCAUCACCGAUCGUCUGAGUUUUAGCUGUUAAACAGAACCUGUCUCAGCCUAAGUUGAAUCUGCUGCUCCUGUGGUCCCGCAAUAAUGUAGGAAAAUGUAGGAAAUGCUAAAUGUCGACCGACCAUCGACCGAGUGUCGACCAAUUACUGACCGACACAUCGGUCAAGUAUCGACCAACUAUCGACCAAGUGUCGGCGAAAUGUCGGCGAAGUGUCGGUGAACGAAAAGCUACAUCGGCCGAGACACAUCUGGAACGACUAUCGGUCUUGUCUCGACCGAGUGUCGACCCACUAUCGACCGCUAUAUCGACCGACUGUCGACCGAGUGUCGACCGACUAUCGACCGAGUGUCAACCGCUAUAUCGACCGAUAUCUCGGUCGACAUUACCCACAGUAAACAACAUCCGUCUUCAUUAGAUUGCAAUUAAGUGAUGUAGUAGUUGUAAUUAAGCUGAAAGCAGGACCGGAGCACUGUUUUCACUAUAGGGACAGUAUAAUGCUCUUCCCUUGCUGUACUUGAGUUAGCUAAAAUUUAUAUUCUACUUUAAACUCAUCAAUUUGAAAAACUUACUGUCAAAAUCUUAAGUUAUGUACAUAACAAUGCAGUUCAUGUAUGAAAACCAUUGUUAAAUCAAAAAUUACAACACAAAACAUUCUUAUCAAAAGUGUCCUACAAAAGAUUAAAUACAAUUUGUAUUUAAAUUGCUUGAGAUUGUGAGCAGCAGAUGGACGUUUUAUCUAAUGAUGGUAUUGGUAUUGCCAUAACUCUGUCCUGAAGCUUGAUAAUAUACAAUCAUGUACUGAUAUAAUUAUCAUUGUGUUUCAAAAUAUACCCUGGUCAGGGCUGCAAAGUUAAUAAUAAUUUAUAUUAAUAAUAAAUAAGUCACCAUGAUUAUUUUUGAUCAGUAUAAACACAAUGUGGCCAGACAACUCAUUAUUAAGUUAAAUUUCAUUUUCUUCUUAACACACCUUAUUCAAAAUAUUACACAGAAGCAGUAUUUUUUAGAUUUAACUUUAUCUUCAAACAUAUAUUUGUUGAUGAUUAAAAUGCCAGUUAUACCUUUCAAGAUGUUCACACAGACAUGGGCAAAGUUUGGUUUCCCUUUGUCUGGUUGACUGAUUGUUAUUUGCCAGCCUUUCUUCUAACUUAGAGUUUUUGACUGCAUGUUUUGUUUUUUCCUCUUGGAAAAUUGAGAAGUUUCAACUGUAUUUGCUAAGUAAAUAUCUGCUCUGAUUGCCUUUGGAAUAAAGCCUAAUUUUUGUACAGUAACUGUUGUUCUCUGAGCUUGAACUAUGGGAGCAGUUUUUCAAGUAAGACAUUAGUGGGCCGGGUAUUCUGCAAUCGCUGCGACUCUUGACUUUGUCCUGUUGGUGUCCUUAAUAUUUUAAUUUUUUCUUAGGUGUAGUUCUGUAGUUUUUUCGACUUCAAUAUCACUUUUACUAAUUAUUCUUAAAUGUAUCUUGAACAAUCAAGACAUUUCACAGAAGCUGUCAAACUAUUUACCCAGGUGUCAUCCAGUGAUGACCAAACCAUGAUAUCACCAGUAGAGUUACCAUAAGGAAGGUUAAGGGACCAUCACGUGGCUGCGAUGAUGAUGUGGGUGGAACGUUUGUUGAUGUCAGAGAAUAAUUACCCGGGAGAACAAAGAAAAAAGGGGCCAUCACCAGCACAGAACCAUGGAAUUCAGGUAUUAUUAUUUUUUUGCGCACAAAAGGGCUUGGUUUAACCUUUUUCCAGGAGCCACUAUUACCUAUAGAUACUAAUUAUUACACUCAUUUAAGGUGACUCGACCCAGUUUUUUGGGGGGGUUACCAUCCUACUUUGAAGCUCUCUGGUUUCCCCACCUUUACUUUUAUCGAAUUUCAUGGUCAUUGAAAAACUGUGACAUUACCUUCUAUAAGCCCAAACUUGAGUAAACAUUGAAGAUUUUUAGCGUUUGGCUGAGUUUGUGCUUUGGGAGUUGUCUAUUGUUUCUAGUCUGUCAUGAUACAGCAUUCUUGUUCAGCACACGUGCAAUGACCACGCUUGGCUGACUUCCGAAUGCUCACCGAGAUAUAAUAACUUCGUAUAAGAAAAUAGAAGGGAUUCCCGUCAUGAGUUGGUUUAAUUAUUGGCUUGCAUUAAACCUAUGAAAAAAUGGUAUUUCUUUAAUAGUAAGUAGAUUUAGUGUGUAGCACUCCUUGAUUUUUUUGCAAAGGCACAAGAAACACGAGAAUUAUCACGCGAUGACCUGUCUCACGGUACCAAAAUUAUCAUAUCUCGGUGAGCAUUCGCAAGUCAGCCAAGCGCAAUCAUUGCACGCGUGCUGAACAAGAAUGCUGUCUCAUGACAGACUAGAAACAAUAGACAACUCCCAAAGCACAAAUUCAGCCAAAACGCUAAAAAUCUUCAGUGUUUACUCAAGUUUGGGCUUAUAGAAGAUAAUGUCACAGUUUUUCAAUGACCAUGAAAUUCAGAGUCCGGGUAGUUAGUUAAUCAAUUGUGGCCCUGAAAAAAUUUGAAGGAAAAAAAACUACGAAUUUUUAAGAAAAUGCUUUUUUCGUGAGAUUGACUCUUAAACGCUGACAAACGUCAACAAAUUGCGAAAACUAUAAUUUCUAUAUGUUUGCUUUGCUCGAAAUCGCGCGCAUUUACAAGGCCCUAAAUUGUUUUGCGGACUUGCAAGGACCCAUCUGUUAUAAGGAUGCCCAAAAUACAGAGAUGAAUCUCACAGUUUAUUGGAUAUAAUCCGUGUAAAGUUUACUUAUCAUUUUCGCAUAAAUUAUGACCUAAAUUUGGAAACCGCUGAAUUUCUCUAAUUGGGUCUUUGCGAUUUUGGUGAAACUCUGUUCAGCGCAAGGCACUAAUGCGCACUAUGUGUAGCCGAGAGAUUUUCACGAAAAAAUGCCGGUAACAGCAGAUUUUCGACUCAGACCUCAAAGGGGCGUGGCAUUAUAACCACGUGACAUUUACUCCGAUCGGCAAAAAUUUUAUGUUAUAUUGUAGAUUGAUCUAUAUGUUAUCCAUUCUAUGUGUUAGACUUGCGAUAAAAGUAAAGGUGGGGAUACCAGAGAGCUUCAAAGUAGGAUGGUACCCCCCCUCCCCCCCCCCAAAAAAAACUCGAGUCACCUUAAAUUAUCUAGUAAAAUUAUGCCUGUAUUAGUUACAUCAUUAUGCCGUUCUAGUGUACCUUUGAAGGUUGUGGCAGUAUUGCACAGGUCACCACCACAGCACUUUAUGCAGUCGGUAAACUGUUUUGGGUUGUUAUCUAGCUUUCCACAACCUCCAGGAAGCCCCCAACAAUUUAAUUUGUGUUUGCAGCUCAAUUUAAAGCUUUGUGGCUCUGAAAUUUCAAAUACAAAAACUUAAUUACAAUCGACUCCAAUCCUUCGCUAGAGAAAAUCUGAAGUUCAGGGUAUAAAAUAAACAAUAAACCACAUAACUCCUAGUACGAUUCAUCAGCGAAGUUCAUCCUUUGUCAUGUUACGUGAAAUUUGAACCAUUGUAGCUCUGUGCUCAUAACUCCUGUAAACUUCAUUCCCAGUUCUCGUAAUGUAAAUAAAAUGCGAGUAAAGGCAUGCCUCCUGAUUGCCCAAAGUAAACUUGGGCACGACGACAACAAUUACAUCAUUUUCAUAUUGGGCAGUAAACUCUCUUGACUUAAGAGCCAAGGAUGGUCUCCAACAAGUUAGUGACACAUUUGCGUUAUCGAAAGCUAUUGUCAGUAAUAACUGGUGAAAUGAAGCAUUUGGGUAUCCACGAUGAUUAUAAGGGCUAUUCAUGAUCAAUGCUUCUGUAUUUUAUAUACAUACCGUUAUUUAGAUAUCGAAUGACAUGUAUCCAACAAGAAUCUUCUCCAUCAUUGCAGUUUACGACAGUUUUGCAUGCUGGGUCUUCAUAAGGCUCUUUAUCAUACCCAGAACAAUUGAAACACUGCAUUUAAAUGGCUAAGGAAGUAAAUAAAGUACUUGCAAGCAUAAUUUUUGAGAAAGCAGCUGACAGACACCUGAACUUAAAUUACAGUUGAUCCUUUUUACAACACCCACGUUGGGGACAGAAGAAAGUGGCCAUUGUAGAGAGGUUGAAACAAGGGUGAAAGUAUGGACUGUCCACCAAAAAAGAUGGCUGUUGUAGAGAGGUGGCCCUUAUUAGAGGUUCGACUGUAAUUUUCAUGUACACUUUAAGACCAGGAGCUCCUGUUAAGACAAAAAGAGUUCUGAAGUAAUGACGUCAUAAACAUAAAAAAUUUGUGAAAUUAUGGGAUUUGUCGAGAUAUUCUGAAAGAACAACGUUCAAGACGCCUACGCGCCAAAAAUUAGCAAUUCGGGGCAAAUUUCCUCUGAGACAUUAGCCCAGUUAUGCUGUGACGAUUCCAUACAAAUCCUUCUCAAUUUGGCUCGGUUCAUAAGAUUAGGAACCAGGUAAGAUUUACAAGGAUUUGUAUGGAGUCAUCAGAGCACAACUGGGCUAAUAUCUCAGAGACAAUCUGCCCCGAGUUGCUAAUUUUUAGCAACUAGAGUAGGCGUCUUGGACGUUGUUCUUUCAGAAUAUCUUAACAAAUCCCAUAAUUUCACAAAUUUCAUUUUCUAUGACGUCACACUUCGGAACUCUAUAAUGACAUUAAAUUGUCACAGAAGCUCAUUUUUGCAAUUCAGAAAGGGCAGCAUAACUACUAAUCAAUAUCAAUUUUUGGCUUUUCCUCCAGUAUAAAUAAAUUAGUUGGUCCAAAGAAAAAAUGACAAAGACACCCUGUGCAGCUUGCAGUCAUGUGGCAUAAGGCAAAAACUAUGGAUAAAACUUAAACUGUCAAUACCAGAGACUAGAAAGCCUAUUUUCAAGUGACUGCAGGAGGCAGCCCCCUUCAAAAGUCAAACUUCACAUGUGCUAAAUUAAUGCAUAUGAGGAAAACCUCUUGUUCUCCCCCAUUUACACUCUCUUGUUCAUAAAAGACAAUUUGAGGCCUUUAAUGCAUAAGGGGAAGAUUUUACAACAGUUUGAAAAUUUCAAAAUUUACAAGAAUUUAUAUGGAAACCAGCCAACCGUGACUGGGAGGCAAGAGUUUUUUUUCCUAAACAAAUCCUUCUAAUUUUUGGCAGUCAAUACUUUUGAGAUAUAUGAAAAUUUACAGGUUACCUUAAUAAUUCUUAAAAUGCUUUUUCAGUUCCUGCUAAAAAUACUUUUCAAGAGCUAAUUUUUUUCAUGUUUUCAGAAAGUUGACCACAUGACCAACUGUUACAAAAGGCUUAAUGGCAAGGGCUAAGGGUUGUAUCCCAUAAUGUUGGCAUGAAGGGUCAGGUAACCAGGUUACAAAGAGCCUAUUUCCAGGAUCAUGGAAAUAUUUUUGCCUAGUCCCUGUACGGCGUCCUCCCAGGCCUUCUUGGUCAAUACAUUUUCUUUAUGACGUAUGAACUCACUCUUGGAUCUCGUGACCAAAAAUGCAAAGGCCGUGCAGAAUAAUUAGGCCUAGGAACCAGGCUUUUAGCCAGACAAAGAAACCUGGCCUUCCAGAAGGCAUGUUUCCCACAAAAUUAUGAGAUUAAGUGAAUUUUCCUUGUAUUUCUUCGAAAAAUGGGCGUCCACAGGACGGCUGGACACGCUUCUGGCUAAAACCUUGCCAAGAACUACGCAAGGCAUGCUUGAAAUGAGUCAUAAAGAUUCCAUCCAAGGACACUUUGAAAGUAGGGUGGCGAAAAUCAUACAUUUUGAUGUAAAAUCAUAUGUAAGGCCGUUGUUAGCGACCAACACAAGACUGACCUUCAUGGGUCAAUGCCAUAAGGAACACUAAUAAUGUACAAUGUGGCAUUAGGCAUACUUCCAUCGUUAUUUAUUCAUUAUCGGCUUGCAAAUCUGUGAAGAGUUAACAAGAAAAAGGUCUUCAUUGCGCUAUCGCGUAAACAUAUUGUUUGAUUUUGACGUUCAACAGUGACACAGUACCUAGCAAUAACUGCCAAAAAGUUAGGCUGUACAAGUAAAUGGCCGGGGGAAUUAAACUGAAAUUGUAUUGUACUUGUAUAGUAUUAAAAUACCGUGUCAGUGAAAUUAAUAAAGUGAAAUUAAUAAAGUGAAAGUCCAGACUAGAAGUAGGUCUAAUCUAUUUCACGGGUUAAUUAAAAUCACUCUAUAAUUUGGUAUAGCUUACCUCAGGGGCACCCAACGAGAAUAGAGUUCAAAACCACUUAAACAUAGCAUUGUUAAACGUAUUUUAGUAUUUAUUAUUUAAACACUAAAAACGGCUGUGUAGCAGACUAAGGAGAGGCAGGCAAGUAAGAAAUUUUACAACAAAAUAAUGUUCCGAAAAUUGUAGAUCUCAAAUCACGGUCUUCCGAACAGAUAUUUUCCGAAAAUUGUCGUUGGGUGCCCCUGUUACCUCUGUAGUUUGUCGUGUCUUUUCACUGCACGAAGACACCUAAGUGAAAGUGAAAUACUUCCGGUUUUGACAAGCCCAUUUGGUCAGUUUCUCGUCCCCAGAGCCUCUCGGCUUUUGUUAAAGCUAGAAAAGCGCGAAAAAGGAAGGGAAAAUCUCCAAUCCGACUUCUUAGAGGAAAGAGAUAUUAUUAACAUGUUGUACCUCAUUCCCUCUGUCCUAGGUAUAAAUAAAUGAAUAUGCGCUAGAGCUGACAAGCUCGUACGCCCUUCGUUUUCUCCCUGCUCGCCUCAUCCUCGAUCCUCUUUCACGCCCCCUUCAAAAGCCUGCCUUGCAGGCUAGCGUACAUUUUUCUUUAUUUAUUUUUCUUUGGUUAAGCCUGCGUUUUCAUCUUUCUCCUUUUGUUUUGGAGAUUUUUGCUAAAAUUGCGAUUAAAGUUUGCUAACGAAUGUUUCUUUAUAGCUUGCAAUCCUGGACUUGUUGCACAUUCUCCCUCGCGCGUUCCCUUCAAGUUCUCGCCCUCCGUCUUCUUCUGUGAACUCCCUUUGAAGGCCUUCCACGCACUCUACAGUCACGCUGAAAAGACUCACUUGACUUUAUUAGCUAUCUAGACACAAAUUGCUUUAUUCAAUUUUAUGCGAGUUAACGGGGACUUGAUUGAUUUACUUAGUAAUUGAUUGAAAGAAGAAGUGAAAUAUGAUAUUACAAUGUAGAGUGACCUGAAAACAAUCCGUAAUUUUAGCCGGCGUGCCCUGCAUAACUGAGCUGUAUAACUGGAAGUAAACACUACAACUAUGAAAAGACGUAAUCAAUCCGGCCGCUUACUCUUAUAGAAAUAUGUAAAUAAUUCUGAUUCAUUUCUACACUCACCAACUAUCACACUACAGGUUUUAAAAAAAACUCUCUUUUCUGGAGAUUUGAAUGUUCUGUCUCCUGAAUUUCCCAGAACUUUGCUGAGAAAAGAUGUGUUACUCUUCUGGGCUAUUCUCUGUCAAUCAGAAAAGGUCAAUUAAGCCAACAGACAAGAGAGAAGGGUAAACAUUUCAAUUAAAUUAAAACUUAAGAGGAGACGAACAGAAGACUAGCUUAUUGACGCUGAAGCACUUCUACAGAAGAAGUCGAUCAAGUCAGUUGUAAAAGAAGAAAGGCUAUCAGUUACUUAAGGUUGUCGGGGUAGAUCGUACGUUUAAUUUGCAUGCCUCAAUCCAAUAUGGUUAGAUAGUUUAAUGGAAUGUCUACUGGAACGCUAGUGUGGGCGAACUUUUUCGGUCUUUUCUUGGUCAGAUAAUUAGGUUCUGGCUAGGAGGUUCACUUGUGGUAAAAACGGCGUUUCUUUGCUACCAAUUUCAAUUUUGAGUUUUCUAGUUGUGCAUAUAUCAUUUGUCAAUGCUUCAUUUCACAUUUAUUUAUUGUCAUUCAACAUUUAUGUUUGAGCUUAUACCUUCUAAGUCCACCUUACGCCUAAUAACUGAAAGCUAAGAAGUAUAUCUAAAACGUAGCUGUAGUUAAAAGAGAUUUAGUUGAUGACUGUUAGGGUAACUAUGUCUUCUGAAAGCUACUGAAUUUCCCGCUUUCUUGUUUUCUUAGAGGUGAGGAUGCCUACUUUUUCUGAACAACCGAGUUAUGUAGACUACGAUGCGGCAAGAAAACGGGCGUUUUUUUGUAUACUGUUAGGGCUCCUGGCUGCUCAAGUUGGACGUAAGUGUUAAGCGUUCUUUACUCUUUUUUUGUAACUGAAUUCAAUUCUGUAGGUUCAUGUUAGUAGUUCUUUAAAUGACCUGUCUUAGUGUUGUUGUUAUGUUUUAUGUAGACCCGCAUGAGUCAAAAUGUGAUAGAAAAAAAGAACCACUCCCACUUUUCAACACAUGCAAACAAGAGCUUUGUAGAAAAAUAUGCAUGCCCCGACAUGUAAAGAAACUUAUCGGCGAUAUAAGUAUAAAGUAUCUUAUGUAACAAGCUAAAAUGUAUGUUCGGUGAAUUUUACUAUUAUCGGUCAUCAAUGUUAAAAGAAUAUUCCCGUACAGGGAUUUACAAUCAAUAAAUGGGACUCGAAUUUUCAGCGUACGAUUAAAAUUAUAGUAGCUCUCGUGUACUGAGUUAGUAAUUUCCGUUUUUGUUUUUUUUUUGUUUGUUUUCCGCUUUACUUUUUUUUAAGGUUUUUUUCACCUUAACGGUUUGUGGAUGAGGGAAAAAACCACUGAACAGCAUUUUCCUGUAGUACUGUUUACUAUGCAAAUAUAUGUACAUCAAAGACAACACAAAGUUUGACCACCCAGGAAUGUACAGUAUAGUCAGUUUCCAUUUAGUUUUGGUAAAUAAUUCGUACUUGAAUUUUAAACUACUAGUCCCUACAUAUUCACAAAUUGGUUCUUUUCUGUUUGUCCCGAUUUUGAGUGAUUUUUGUGAAAUCAAAUGAAGUUUAAUUAUUAGCACAACAAAAAUCAUAUCUGGGAUUCUAUAAACACGUGGCCCUUUGUUGACACAGGACUAGACUUCUGAUGGGUCAAUUCAAGUUAGAGUAGAUGUAUUCUUCUGCGGUUUAUGAGCAGUGAGCUGAUUAGUUGCAUGCAUUUCAAUUCCGCUGCGAGACGAAGUUGAGUGUUUGUGAUAGAGAUAUGACCUGACCCUGCAACCUUGGUAAACUGGCGAGUCAACGUCCAUGAACUCGUUGCCUAGAAACCUCGUGAACAAAUGUAAAAUGUCCAAAAAAUAUUUACUUUGCGAGACGUUUGAAAAUUAAGAAGGUAAACAACAUGCUUGCUAGAUAUUUAGUUUUGACAGCUUCAUUUGAAUUUUAGUGUAAGAAUUUAUCUUUGCCGCUGAUUGAGGAACAAAAACCCAGCAGACUAAGUAUCAUUUUUAGAGUCAAUUAAUUUUCAUUAAUCAAUGGAGUUUUUAAUCACGGGUUUACACAGGGCGGCAUUUCAGAACGUGUUUACUUUACUUAAAAGGUGUUUUGUCGGUGUACGUCUCUAUAUUGUUUGAUCCCAUGAAAAAUAAAACUAAUUACUACAGUGGAACCUUCAUUCAGGGGACACCCCUUGGGAAAGAACCAAAUGUCCCUGAAUGGAGGUUAAACCUGGGAUUUGGGAACCUGAAAAAGUGUCCUUUUCCCUUGAAUAGAAAUGUCCCUUCAAUGGAGGCAACAGAUACAAAGAUUACACUGAAUGUAAACAAGUUUCCGGGACCAAAUUUUGUGUCCCCUGAAUGGGGGUUUUCCAAAGGAGGAGGUUUUACUGUAUCAAUUAACUUAAGUUAGUUUUAAUUGUUUUAAGUCCCUGUUGUUCCUCAGUCUUUCCGGUUUUCCUUGCCGGUGUUACAGUGAUAUCGGCAUCCCCGCGUUUCGGGCAUCCCCAUUCCCAAACCCUUGUGGCAUCCCCUUGACUCGAACAGACUCAACCUCAGCAGUGUACUUAAAGGUAAGAACACUUUGCGCUGAUGUCCGCAUGUCUUUCAAAAAGCUGACUGUUUUAGUAAGUAUUUAAACAACUAGUACCUUAUUAUUGCUUAUUUUCGCGCGACUUUCAUUUCGCGAAUUUGGAACAAAUAUUUCGCGGCACUUAAAUUUCGCGAUUUUGUCGAAUCACCGUUUUUCAAGGUAUUUAAAUUUCGCGAAUCAAGUACAAUGGUGCUCGUUUUUUAAACUUCCAUUUCGCAUUUGAUUUGAUCAUAAUGAAAUAGAAACGCAACAGACUGAUAUAAGCAACGGAGGCACUAUUUAACUCGAUGGCGCUGCCAAUUAGCUUUCAGAUAAUGAUUGCCUCAAUGUUUUCCAAUGGACCUUCGGGAGAUAAGGUUGUCUUCCCUUGAACAAGUUCGGAUAUUUCCGCUACGCUCCAUCCUUUUGCAAUGUGCCGCUUUCCCAUACUGCCUGUCAACGGGUCGUAAAGGCUUACCAGCCAGGUGGCUUGUAAGGGGUUGAGCACAGAUAGCCUUAAAUCGACCUUAAUCUCAUCAGUGCUAGUUCCGGCCGACUCCAUUUGUUUCUGAACUUCGGCCGAAUACCAAGCUGUAAACAUACCUGCACUUUUAAUAUAAAGGAUAUGUUGUCCUGUGUUGCAGGACCGUAUUCAGCAAGAUGAGUCAGAUGAUGAGGAAUAAGGACAUGCGUUGAACUGAAAUAGGUCACUACAAGUAAAUUUCGCGUCUUUGAUUUUCGCGGCACCUUUUAAUUUCACGAAUUUUUUUAAAUCUCGAGAAUAAGUGAUGAUAAGGUAACAAACAAUAUAAUUUUAAAAUUGCCGUGUCAUCUUUUUAUUAAAGCUGAUUCAAGGAUGCCUUUCAAUGGUCAAUGAAAACAAUAAUGGGCAAAUUUACGAGAUCCUUUCGGAUUUUUUUGUAAUUUUAUAAUAGUUAAACUAAAACCAAAUUGUGCUUAUUACUUCUUUGUUGAAAAUUCACUUAAUUUCGUCUCAAUUGCAAACAAAAAGAAAUUUAUUCGUAGGUUUAAAAUAUAAUCUUAGGAUAUUUUUGGACAAAAAAUAAAAGUGUAACCAGGAGAGGAUGAAAACUUAUUCCCCUCUCGCAUAAAGUUACGCCAUUUGAGGAGCGGCCAGUUGUUGAGCUAACUGGAACUUUCUCUUGCUCAUUCCUUUCAGCAGUUACAUCAACUUUGUCGCCAAGCCUUGCGACUUCUGUGAGCGUUCUUCCUUACUCAGCGGCUUCUCCCGGUGUCGUCGCCCCUACCCAGACAACAUUGUGCCUUUCCUCUACCGCUAGCCCAAGUCUCCCGCAGAGUUCCUCCUUUCAGAUUUCCAUUCAACUAACCAGUGUAACAUGGUCAGAGGAUCUUCUCAACAGAAACAGUUCAAGAUUCGCUGCCUUGGCAAAAAACCUUACUGCAGCAGUCUCGCAUGUUCUCAAAAGCGUCGGAAAUGCCAGUGUUGACGUUGUAGAAUUAAAGCCAGGAAGUGUCAUCGCAGUUCUCAAAGUAACCGCUUCAAGCGGCGCUGAGCCUUCCAUAAAGACCCAACUUGCAAACGACAUGAGUGAUGGAGACCUUGGUGGGUUUUCUGUUGAUCCAAACCUAUAUUCAGGGUCUAUUUUCGACGUCGAUUUUAAAGUGAAAUUCGCUUGCAAUGAUUCGGCUGCAGACAAGGGUUUUGACCAAAGAGGAGACUUCGAGAACGCUUUAAGCACCGUAAUGUCGUCUGAUCCCAAAUAUAUUGCCUUUAACAUCACACAUAUUGAGUGUCUGAAAGAGGAUAACAUAACUUUAAUAACUACGCGCUUCCAGAUAAACGAACCAAUAUCUCCAAACCCAAACAAAAUCCUGAAGAACUUGAAGAACGCAGUGGAUGCUGGGAAAGUUGGGAAUAUCUCGGUUGUCCCAGAGUGGAAAUCGUUUAUUCCCGGAGAAAAACUUUUCCAUAUAAUCGCUUCCCUGAAAAACGAAAGUAGUAACACGACACAAACCAAAAUGGAGCUACAGACGACAAUAGCAGACGCAUUUAAAGAUGACAGGAAAUUCAAGUACGUUAAUAUUGACAUGCCGAGUAAUAAGACCGUGGUUAUCGAUAUUGGAAUGAGUUCUCAAACUUCUGAGUUACCGUCACAGGGCCUUAUCCUUCUGGACAGUGCUAUGCGUUCUGCAAAAAUUGGCAGCAUAAAACUAUUGAAGCCGACUAUUCGGGUAACUGUUGACCCUAAAUCUCUAAUAACAAGAAAGAUUUUUGAAGUUACGUUUUUCCAGAAUGUCCCAAGCUGCAUCAAGAAUGAUACAGCUGACAAGAACACCGAGCUCUACAAGAAUCUUAGCAUGGGCUUCUGGCAGUUUAUAGACGGCAAUAUAAAAGCUAACAGAAACCUUAAACCACUGUACGUGGAAACUAAAGUCAGAACCUUGAAAUGUCACAACUUAACCACAGUUCGUGGGGUAAGUGAUGUGUACAUGAGGUCAAACACAGAAGAUAAGAUCGGCCAGAUUCUUGGUCCUCUCUACAAAUGUAAAAAGCCUGGGAUUUAUGACUGGGGUAUAAAGGUACUUCUUAAGACACCAACGCGCCCAGAUACCAGUGGGUAUUCGGUGCAACUCUAUGGAGUAUACGUUCAUUUGGUGUGUAACAAGCCGAAGCCCCCCACCCCGGCACCAACGACUGAACCACCUUCUCAGAAUGCUACAAGGCCCGCACUGACUACCAUGCCAGAGACGUCGAAACCAACGACAAUCAAAGCUACGUUCCCUACCCUGGGCAGGAAACCGGAUCUGUACGUUGAGCUGAAGCUUGGAAUGACUUGGGGUGAGCUCUGCCCUAAGCAAGAGACUUUAAAAGAACAAAUAGCAUCCAACGUGCAUGACAAAACGGGUACUAAGCUUUCUGCAGAUAGGAUUAUCUAUGUCAACGCGGCAAAAAACUGCGCGGAUCCCAGUAAAAAGAACGAGCAGGCGGAAGUGUGGUUUUAUGUCUCAAAAUCUGGAACAAAAGAAGUGCACAAGUGUCUCACUUUGAAGGCCUACAAAGUGUUUCUUAUGUUCUUUGGAAACGGAAACACAAAGCAACUCGGACCGGAUUUUGAGGAAAAGGUAUUGGAAAAGUAUUAGAUAUAUGUAUGGUGGUUUUCACGUUACCUCAUCGCCGCCAUGCUGGUGGAUGGUAAACAAAAGAUCGCUCAUUAGCUCUUUUUGUUUGUCCUCCAUGGCCAGCAUUUGUUCAUUUCACCAUUGUUAUUUGUGUCUCCCGCGGAUGCAUGAAAACCACCUAUACAGUAGAGCUGCAAAAUGACCAUUUUUAUGCUAGAGACGUUAAAGUCGUCUUAAGUCCACUGUAACGUCUAGUAUAGAAAAGGUAAAUAAGACAGACGCAUGUAACGUCUGACGACAGACAAUAAAUGCGACUAGCAUAAAAACGGAACGCCGUAAACUGGGACGCCUUAAUGCCCAACUCGUUCAGAGACGACUUUGAAGAGUCAUUGUUGAGUAUUUUUUUUCCAGAAACUCUCCCUUUUUUUUCAAUGUUACCGUCUCCUUUUAUGCAUCCCAUUUUUACACUAGUCAACUUAAACGUCUCAGACCUGAAACACGUCUAGACAACUUUAACGUCUCUAGUAUAAUGAAAAACGGCCAAUGACUGAAGAAAUUGUGCCUUUGCGCGAUCUUGUCACUUACAUUCUCCUAUAGUUUGGGGUAAAGAAUGUAAUUGGUUUUAUCAAGGUUUCGUUUACAUUGCAGUUUCACCACGCCUGAAUUCUUCCCAACAAAUCUCUCAUUGCUUUUUGUCGUAGAAUCCAGGGGAAAAGUUUAAAAAGAUGAGUGAAAAGCCCUCAAAAAAAAAAGCUAAAUAGCCCAAGUAAAAUACCCCGGUUCUAUCAGCGUAGUGAUUACUUUUUAAUUCUUUGCCGUCUUGCAUGUACAAAUUGCUAUAGGAUGAAAUGUAAUGUUCUUCAGAAACGUCCUAGCAUUUUCUGUUUUCUUUCCCCACACAACUUGCCCUGCUAAAUAACCUGUUAAUAUUGAGUCAGCUCUAUUCCACGAUAACUGCUUCUGAAUUUUAAGAGAGGUUUUUGAAGCCAAACUUAUCUUAAAUAACCAAGGUCUCCCUCAAUCUCCCUGAGAUCUUGACAAUGUCUUGAGCGUAAGAACGGUCUUUGAAUAAACUGCACGUUAAAACAAGAGACUCAUACGAGCUAAAGAGACCCACACGAUUAGAGUAGAAUGCAUUCGUAUGACUAUUGUUAUUCUAUCCUGAAUGGUUAUAUCCCUAGCAGUAUUAAGCCUGGGACAGUGGAGCAAAUUAAAGUUACUUCGGUCUAAAGAAACAACGCAACGGCAAUGCUUGAGAAAUAAAGUUCGAGGUGUUAACCGCCGGACCUCUGCCCACCUCCGUAUUUUGGGUGCAAUGGUAAUUUUUUAAACCUAUUAGAAAUAUAUAUAAAUAUUAAUGUUGUGUUAAUUUUUCCCGAAAGGUUAUUAAAGUAGAGUUGGCUGGAAAUGACGCCUCCAAGUACAAAACUAACGAUGACAACAAAGUGUCGUCUCUGACUGUUAUACUGAUUGCUGUUGGAGGGGCCGUUGGUUUAUUUCUAAUGCUUAUGGCUUGUUGCUGUGUAAGUUAUACAUCCUUUAUUGGUAUACAUGUAUAUUCCAUUUGCCCUGUGUCCGAAAUAAAGGGAUACUAGUGGAGCGCAAGGCCCUUUUACA